AUGGCCAACCGAUGCGGCAGAUGGCCAACCGAUGCCUGCCGCGCGUCCGCGGUCGGAAACGGCGUCGUCAUCAAAUGGUUGUUCAACUACAAGAUCGGCAUCCACCUGCUGCAGUCGAAGCAUCCCGAGAGCUUACCGGCGAAGAAGGAGAUCAACCCCAAGGAUAACCACAUCUCCUUCCAGUGCGAGAGCAUGGUGGCGGUGGAGCGGCGGCUCAAGGAGCUGGGCAUCCCGUACAUCCAGCGGUGCGUGGAGGAGGGCGGCAUCUACGUGGACCAGAUCUUCUUCCACGACCCCGAUGGCUUCAUGAUCGAGAUCUGCAACUGCGACAACCUCCCGAUCGUCCCGCUCGCCGACCAGACCUUCGCAAUGGCCGCCUGCAAGAGGGCCGCCUCCGUCAAGCAACAGCAGGUGCCCAUGCCAGUCGCACAAGUAGCGCAAGCAACCCCUGCUCCGACGGUGGCCGCGGCUUCGCAGUGCAUUCCGGCGCUGAACCCGGCCUUGCAGCGCGUCGGCGGCGAGGAGGCGGCGCAUAUCUCGUGCGCGUGAGAGGUGGGAGGCCGGGGUAGCCAGGCCGCCCAACUGGUGGCGCGCUCCGUGGAGUCGUGGUUUUUGUAUAUUGUGAUAUAACAGUGUGCGUAUGAAUAAAGUGCGGGGAGCAGUGUAGUUCCAGCUUC